AUGCCAAGCCUCGCCCAUUUCCUCGGAGGCACAAGAGAUAACAUCCAAUGGAUAUUGAGAGGAGGCGAGGCCAUUCGCGCAGCAGAAGAGAAUCCGUGCUACUCCGGGGGUCAUGGAGUUCGACCGACGGUUGCGGCAUUGCCGGAGGCCUUCGACUGGGCUCGAUCCCGUCGCUUCACUUCUCGGUGCCACUUUCAUGGUCUGGAGAGGGACGAUCAGAAGACUCAUCUGUACGAUUCCGAGGGGAAAAUGAUCGGGUUGAAGAGUGGGUACGUCGGAGACCUGUGGAAUGCGUUGGAAAUGGACCUCAACUUCACUUGUGACUGGAAGGAAGAAGCAGACGUCUUCGGAGGAUCUUGCAAUGCAACAACGAAUGUUUGCGACGGGCACAUGAAGUACCUUGCCACAAGAGAGAGAGACGUUGCCGUUGCCUCAUAUGGUAAUGGUGGGAAUCGGGAUGUUGUCCUUCGGGUCUCCAUGCCCAUUAUGGAAAAUAUCCUAUGUCUUUAUGGAAAAGCGCAGGAAGAAAUCCCGUGGUGGCAAGUGUUCUUCGCUCCUUUCCAUACAAACCUUUGGCUUACCUUGUCCGGUCUUUUCCUUCUAUUGGUUCUUGCCGCAGCGCUGAUCACACCUCUCAUCGGUGAGGAUCAGGUAUUCUCCGUCUUUGCCAUGCUUUUGAACCAGAGACCUGCGAAGACAUUCAACAGACCCUUCUUCCUUCUAAUUUCUGUCUCGUUGUAUAUCAUAUGGACUUGCUUUUAUGCCGCGCUAACAUCUGGCUUCGCAUCGCGCAAUCUCUUCCCCUUCUCAUCUGCCGUGGAAUUCGCCGACUCUCGUUGGUCUCUGGGAGUCAGCACCGUGGGAUAUAAGGACCAAAUUCAGGGAAACAAGGACUUGGAGUAUAUCACGUAUAAGAAGCGGACUCCAGCCCUCUUGCGAGGAGAGAAUGCAAUCAAGGCUGUGAUGACCGGCAGCACGGCUUUACUUGGUGAAUCCAAGUUCUUCGAGAAAGAUGUGAAGGACUUUUCGGGCCGAGAUCGAGAUGUUUUUCGCAUUAAAAAGAUCUUCACAUUCCCCGGGAAACAACAACGAUGUCUGGUGUUCGCCAAAGACUUUCCCUAUGCCAGAAUCUUCGAUCUGUCGCUGUUGAAGAUCCGAGAAGUUGGAAUUUUUCGCCGAAUCGAAACAAAAUGGGACUAUAUGGUGGAAUUUGAUGACAUGGAAUGGGUAUCGGAGAAUUACCCUUCGGCGAGCCAUACAGCUGUCCAUGAUGACGACAGCUUCGUUCUCUGGCCCUAUUUUUGGUAUCAGGCUAUGAGUGGGAGAAAUCGCCGAGAAAAGAAGCGCAGCCCCAAUUCAGCCAGGUGGGUGCAACAAUAUGACUCGGGGCUCGGGGCUGGGCUCAUUCAUGAUUCAACCAUCAUGGAUUCCUGUGCCAUAUACACGUCGUGGCUGGCCUUGCGCGAUCGACGGAGAAAAACUAGAGGAAAGACGGACCUCGAGGAGAGGGCACGUGGAGGCUCGACUCCUCCGUUGCGCCGCGGAAUAAACCUCGCGAGACCGCUUCUGCUCUGCCUUCGGAAGCGUGUCGUUCGACGAAUCCAUCGUCGGGAUGCCCCAGGUCCUGCCAUUCUCUUCCAACCGGAGGAGAUCGGCACAAGCAGAUUGGCACACGGGACGCCGAUCGAGCACGGCUCUUUCCUCGCCGUCGACUUUGCACUGGCCGGAGAGGGUGGGGACGUGUCGAUUUCUCAGAUGUGCCAAGUCAUCGACUCCCUUAUUCGUUGGAUGAAUUGGAAUACGCCUGACAUUAUCGUUCCAUCAGAUAAGAAGACAGUUCAAGAAAUGCGAGGAAUAGCGAGGAUGAAACCUUGCAAUGCAUGGAAGAUCGGAGGUCCCUUCAUCUCAAAGAGUGCAGCCAAAGGAAAGAAUUCGCGCCAAGUCCAUGUCUUGUUUCACAAACCGUCUGCAUUCAAUCUCUCUCGGCAUGACCAGGAAUCUUUCAUUUCUCAAGGCAUUUGGGUCUUUGCUGGGAUCGGGGAUUUUCCUCAUGAUUUCAGCGUGCUCGGAGUCCAGUCUCAGAUUUAUCAACUAGUUUCCCACGCCCAGGCAUUCCAGUUGGUGGAGCAUUAUCGAUUGAACGAUUCCAACAUGGAGGUGGUUGAUACCUUGGCCGAAUGGCUCAAUGGGAGCUGGAAGUUGGAGAAGAAUCAGGACUUGUUUCUACGACGUAAGAAUCUACGAGGAAUUCGAUUGAAAUGCGUCACUGGACCAAGGGACGAUCAGAAGACUCAUCUGUACGAUUCCGAGGGGAAAAUGAUCGGGUUGAAGAGUGGGUACCUCGGAGACCUGUGGAAUGCGUUGGAAAUGGACCUCAACUUCACUUGUGACUGGAAGGAAGAAGCAGACGUCUUCGGAGGAUCUUGCAAUGCAACAACGAAUGCUUGCGACGGGCACAUGAAGUACCUUGCCACAAGAGAACGGGACGUUGCCGUUGCCUCAUAUGGAAGAAAUCCCGUGGUGGCAAGUGUUCUUCGCUCCUUUCCGACCAAAGCUUUGGCUGGCUUUUUCCGGGAAAAGAAGCCGGCUCCUGUCCUCGUGCGAGGAGAGAAUGCAAUCAGGGCUUUGCUGACCGGCACCACAGCCUUACUUGGCGAAUCCAAGUUCUUCGAGAGAGAUGUGAAAGACUUUUCAAGCCGAGAUCCGGAGUUAGAUGCAUUUUGGAUUCCUCUUCGUGCUCUAACAGGACUUCUCUUCGAAUCAACCGAUCACUUCAUCCUUCUGAAUCUAAAAAAAAAUAGUGCAAUAUUCUCUCAUCCAUCCAAUGUUGCAUCCAAGGGGGCCAUCCGGACUCGGCUUUCUUUCGUUGAAUUUCGGGAAAGCGUUUGCAUUGCUUUCCGCUUCGUCCAAGCCUCCUCCGUCCUCCGUCCACCACGGUGGAAGCGAAUCGCGCUCAACUUGGGAUUUCGAUGCUGCAAGGUCGCAAUCGCGAGCGUGCUUUCACGGAAUGACUCGGCGGCUCCUUCUUCAUUCCUGCGAACAGGAGAACCUGGAUUUCGGAGGGAAUAG